GUUUACAUGAAAAACGCAUCACGGGCUCUGUUUUGCAACAAAAAGUGAAAAAUCAAAAUUUGAAACAAAAUGGAAUUCGAAGAUUUGAAAGUAGAAGUACCUUUGGACGAAGAAAUUGCCUCUGAUUUACUCAAUGUGCCUGUAAGUUUACUUAUUGUGUAGUGAUAUAUGUUAGACGACUUGUAGACUGUAGUAUUAGUUUUUGUUAGAUUCGAAACGUAAUACAAGCAUCUGUAAAUUCUAAUAUGGCCGUUUUUUUCGUUGUCCACCUGGCCCGAGUUGGGCCACCUGGCCAUGUUGAAGAAGUGUAGAAAUUAUUAUGAUAAAGUACAUGAAAAGAUUUCAUAUGAAUCAAUUGUGCGAUAUGCAGCAGUGAUAGAUUACCUGUCACAUUUGUCUGACUGAUCAUCAGUCUUGGUAUAAACACAAGACAGGCUAUCUGGACAAACUAGCUAGCUAAAAUAGCGUGAUCUAUACUGGCAAUGGUUUUGGGAACAAGUCAUAUCUGAUAUUUAAAUUAUAGUUUGUUUGAUACUGUAUUUAUACACUUAAGGUGGAUAAUCUGUGAGUACAAUUUAUAUGCACAAGUUUCCAGAUAGUUGAUCUUGACAGAUGAUUUUGAUCCAACGGACCAUAUUGAUCCAGACGGAUCAUCUGCCAGUGGUACUAUAAAUCAUACACAUAUUUCUACCAUUAAUGCAUGCAAAACUCUCUUCUUGACGAAUAAAAUUGUCUGGUGUUAGACAGAGUAAAAUGGUAACAUCUGGCACAUUUGGGUGCAUUGCGGCUUAAUAGUUUCAAUAUGAAGUGCAUGCAUGAUCUUAAAAUGAGUGAAAUUAAACUUCAAUUUCUCCAAACAUUUUUUUUCUUCAUUAAUUUAAGGUAAAGAAAUAUCAGAAUAAAGACAGUGGUAAUUUUAUCACAGGGUUUGAUGUUACAUCAAAGGUACUAACACAUAUCUAAAAUUCAUGUUUGUCUGUAAGUGCGUUCUACAGAUGGAUAUGAACUUACGAAAUGAGUUCAUUUACCAGGCUAAUAAACAUAUGCUGAUCUCCUCCAAUUUUACCAAGAUUAUAAAAUACUCAUCUGAUCUAUUUGGAAACCUUACAUUUAGUAAACUUGUAACCGAUUUUUUUUUUAUUUCGCCAAAUUUUCCAAAGUACAAUAAAAUUUAACUAUUUACAUUUUUAUAAUCUAUAUGUAGGGCUAGAGAUCUUUUAGAAACCCUUUUGAGCUUUUAUUUUAAGACCCCUAGUUAUAACAAAACUUUUUUUUACUUAGUAUAAUUUCAUGAUGUCAUCAAAAUAGUACCGGUACAUAAUAUGAUAACGAAAAUAUAUACAAUUGUGAGAGUAUUUAAAGAAAAGUUAAUCUAUUUACAAGAUUUUUCAGAUUUUUAAACUUUAUACAUUAAAAUAGGAUGAUUAAUGAACUGAUUGGUGUGAUAUAAAGUAUGUUUUUACAUUUUUUUUUGAAAACCAUAUGUUAACGAUUGUCUCAAAAUAUGUAACAAAACAUUUUCAUUUGAACAUUUGAACUGUUUUGAAACAAUAUGUUUUUUUUUGUGUGUUUAAAUGAAAAAUGAAUAGUGGCCAGGUUAUUCUAUAAUUGCUCCCUGAUUUUUGGGUUGAAAUUAAGGUGUAUGAGGGUACCCAAAAGACUCUGUUUUCCACAAAAAAGUAACCAACGCCCAAUGACUAACUAUGUGAUGUGAACAGGAAGCAGAGGAGAGGAGAUUGAAAAGAGGAAGACGAUUUGGUCUUCAAACAAAAGAAAAAUCAGAAAAUACUACAGACGUUGAAGCACUACCUAGGUAAGCUUUUGUAAUUUGUUUAUGAUUUAUUAAAUUAAUGUCAUUACAGUGAAAAUACAAAAAGUGUCCCACUUCCGCUUCUGUAGUUUGUUGUGAUUUACUGUAAUUUGUUCUGUUUUUCUGUAGCGAUUACCGAUUUAUCGGCAAAUACUGCGAUAAAAUUUAAAUUUCGUACCUUUUAUGCAAUGAAACUAACGAAAAAUGUAUUAUUUCCCUUUGCUACAAAUUAUCAUAUUUAAAAAGUAGAGAAAACUAAGUUUUAUCGUGGUAUUUGCCGAUAAAUCGGUAAUCGCUACAGAAAAACAGAACAAAUUACAGUAAAUCACAACAAACUACAGAAGCGGAAGUGGGACACUUUUUGUAUUUUCACUGUAAUAAUUUUGAAGGUGGUGUUUUAAAAACGAGGCAUUUGUUGACAUUAUUGAUUUAUCCUCUUUCCUUGCUGAAUUUUCUUUUCUGAUUUACAGCUCUGUUCAAAACCUCCCAGUGCAAAAUCAAGGUGAGUUAAGAAAUUGUUUGAUUUAGUUUUACUCAUGAUUUUUGUCUUACAGGACAGCAGCUGGUUUAUAAGCUAUUCACAUGACCCUUUCACAACCUAUUUGCUACCUGUUUCCAAGCUGUUCAUAAACUUCAUACGCUUAUAUUUUGUAGAUGCGGAACCCAGACCUGAUGCUAUUUUAUUGUUUGGCGUAAGUGAAAUGAGCACGAAGGAUGUGUUUGAUUAUUUUCAAGAUUAUACGCCUGAUUCGAUAGAAUGGAUUGACGAUAUUUCAUGUAUGUCCACUUUAUGUCGUGUUUUCUACUUAAAUUUGGAUCAAAUGAGUAAAUAGGAGUGACACGGUGGUUAGUGCAUGUGUUUUUAAGUUUUUCAUCUUCAUUGUAGGUGUUGUCGUCUGGGAUGACGAGAAUACUGCCAAAAGAGCAUUUGCAAAUAUGGGAACAAAAUUCACCCCUGCAGAGGAUGUUGGAAUCAGUAUGUUGACACAAUUUUUAUGUUGACACACUUUUGUCCUGUUUUCAUUCCCUGCCACAAACUGUAACUACUGCCCGUAAUAUGUUUCGUAUGUAAUCUGUGGUAAAUAUAUUCCUCGCAAUAAAGCUGAAGUAUUUGAAGCAUUACAGGACAGCAGAUGGUGUUCAACUUUAUAAAUGUUGAAAUUUAUAGGAGCAAGAAAAUGAAACCACAUCUCCGACAAUUCUAUUCAUUUGCCUCCAAAUACAAGACUACUACAUAUAAUGAAAGAAUCCACAUUUUGUCACUCUGAUAACUGCAGGUUGACCAACAUCUGCUGUACGCCAGUGCUUGGCGAAACCAGAGCUUUGUAAACCCAGCUAAACCCAGUGCCCUUGUGAAACCCAUCUAUUGGCAAAUUUUGUGUAAGUUCGGUCUGUGCCAGCGUAUGUGGUGACAAUAACCCCAGGAAACUACAUAUUGAGAGGGUGCAACUUCAGGUACUAGACUACACACACAAAAAUCUCACAUCUUGUAACAAGUCUGCCAACAAGCCGUCAACAAGAUGUAUUCGCACUGCUUGUCACAAGUUGUCAACGGGUUUGGAACAACUUGUUGACAACUUGUAACAACCUUGUCGAAAUUAUCAGACUUGUAACAUCCUUGUUAUAUCAUGGCUGUAACAAACUUGUUAGACAGUCUUGUAACAAGGCUGAUGAUGCCAUCAAGCUUGUUACAAGUUGUUAACAGCUUGUUCCAAACUUGUUCCAACAAACUGGGAACAAGCAGUGCGAACACAACUUGUUGACAGCUUGUGAACAGAUUUGUAACAACCACAUGUAAAAACGCACAAUUUGUAACAAGUCUGCAAACAAGUUGUUACAAGUCUGUUCAUAAGCUGUCAACAAGUUGUGCUCGCACUGCUUGUUCCCAGUUUGUUGUAACAAGUUUGAAACAAGCUGUUAACAACUUGUAACAAGCUUGAUGGCAUUAUCAGCCUUGUUACAAGAUUGUGCUAACAAGUCUGAUACAGUCAUGAUAUAACAAAGAUGUUACAAGGUUGUCAACACAAGGUUGUAACAAUCGUGUUAUACCAAGCAUGUAACAGACUUGUCAGAACAACCUUGCAACAAGUCAGAUAAUUUUGACAAGGUUGUUACAAGUUGUCAACAAGUCGUUCCAAACCCGUUGACAACUUGUGACAAGCAGUACGAAUACAUCUUGUUGACGGCUUGUUGGCAGACUUGUGCUAACAAGUUUGUUACAGCCAUGUUACAAGACUGUGCUAACAAGUUUGUUACAGCCAUGAUAUAACAAGGAUGUUACAAGGUUGUUAACACAAGGUUGUAACAAUCUUGUUAUACCAAGCAUGUAACGGACUUGUCAGAGAAACCUUGCAACAAGUCUGAUAAUUUCGACAAGGUUGUUACAAGUUGUCAACAAGUCGUUCCAAACCCGUUGACAACUUGUGACAAGCAGUACGAAUACAUCUUGUUGACGGCUUGUUGGCAGACUUGUGCUAACAAGUUUGUUACAGCCAUGUUACAAGACUGUGCUAACAAGUUUGUUACAGCCAUGAUAUAACAAGGAUGUUACAAGGUUGUUAACACAAGGUUGUAACAAUCUUGUUAUACCAAGCAUGUAACGGACUUGUCAGAGAAACCUUGCAACAAGUCUGAUAAUUUCGACAAGGUUGUUACAAGUUGUCAACAAGUCGUUCCAAACCCGUUGACAACUUGUGACAAGCAGUACGAAUACAUCUUGUUGACGGCUUGUUGGCAGACUUGUGCUAACAAGUUUGUUACAGCCAUGUUACAAGACUGUGCUAACAAGUUUGUUACAGCCAUGAUAUAACAAGGAUGUUACAAGGUUGUUAACACAAGGUUGUAACAAUCUUGUUAUACCAAGCAUGUAACGGACUUGUCAGAGAAACCUUGCAACAAGUCUGAUAAUUUCGACAAGGUUGUUACAAGUUGUCAACAAGUCGUUCCAAACCCGUUGACAACUUGUGACAAGCAGUACGAAUACAUCUUGUUGACGGCUUGUUGGCAGACUUGUUACAAGAUGUGAGAUUUUUGCGUGUCUAGUUGAAUCACUCUCGAUCCAAACAUUGUGUGUAAUUUCUGUAUAGAUGAAGACGGUCCACAGUUGGAAAAUAUUUGGAAGAUUGGCGUGAAACAUCCAAAGUCAAAACAACUCUUGAUGCGGCACGCGACCACAGGGGAUAAAAAAGCGAAAGGUGCUGGAUCACGAAGCUUUUAUUAUCUCAUCCACGGCCGACCUGAACAGCAGAAACGGAAAGGUACGCUCGUAAUUUGUUAUCAGGGCUCGAAUUUUAUCGCGGCAUUUGCCGUAGAAGGAGAACAAAAUGCCGUGGAUCAUUGCGGCAACGACGGCAAUUUUUUGCCUAUAGUGUAAUUUUUAUACUAUUCACUGUGCAUUACUACUUUGAUACUUGUAUUCAGAUGUUGAUCAAAUCAUGCGUAAAUUAGACAUGUUUCUAGCUUGUCAAAAAUCCAAAGUAACAAUAAAAUUAAAGUUUUAUUACAGUAAUUUGAAAAAUGCCGUGGAAACUGCCAAAAUUGCCGUAGACAGCUGCUACGUUCUACGGCAAUUUUUAACGUCAUUGCCGCCGAUUGAUUUCAGGGAAAUUCGAGGCCUGUUUGUUAUAAAACUCGCUCGCAAAAUGAUUCUUAUUUUGAACGGGAUAAAGAGUAUAAUAUUAAUAGCAAAAUAGUUUUAAUAGAUAAAAUGAAUGUUUUCUUCAACUAAUUUUAUCCUUUUAAUCUUUUUAUAGCAAACAAAAGAGGCCUAGUUAGUUCGUCAAGGCAAGUAUAAAUUUUGUUAGCUUUAUCUAUAUAUCAGUAUUGUUUGUUAAUGAACAAUUUAAGACUUUUUUCUACUGUUCCUGACAAAUGUUCCCUGGCUUUCAUGCUCCACCCUCCUUUGAAAAACAAUAGGAGGAAACUAUGUUUCUGUGGCAAUGAGGGUCUCGUAGGGGGGUUUUAGGGAACAAAGCAAGCAUAAUUUUUUUUCUGUGUUGCAAUGUACUCAGCAUGGAUAAUAAAAUAAAUGGAUAGGAAACUUCUGACGUCAUUGGCCGCAACCUUGUUGAAAAACGUGACGUCACGCGUAUUGCGAAUAUUACCAAAGUUCUCGGCAUUUUUGUUGUUUUGCUAUACUUUCCGCUUUAAAAGAGUAAUAUUGAAGCAUAUACUGGUCUAACUGUUUUAAAAACAUGCCUAAGCCACGACAAAGUAUUCAAGGUAAAUGUUUUUCGUCUCUGUUUUGUAUUUUUUUUACAUUUGUAGCUACGAAAUUGGCGUCCCCAAUUUUAACGAAAUUUGCGAUGUAUUUUUCACUGUUUAGUGCUUGAAAUAUUUGCUAAAAUUGACUGGGAAUACUUAGAGUUUUCAUCGUAGAAUGGCGUGGUUACAUUUAUUUGCUCUUUGACUAAAACGUUUAGCUGUAUUAUUGCUAAACAUGCCGUUUUUGAGAAUUUGAUUUUCAACUAGGUUGAGGCAUCCAACCACGCCAUCAAUCCCAGUAAAAACAGGUCACGUCAGCUAGUUUCCUAUCCAUUUAUUUUAUUAUCCAUGGUUUCAAUAGCGAUAUUUUCGGUAUAUCGGUAUACCGAACAUUCCUACUAGAAGAUGUUUUCUUAUUUUUUUCCACAGGAGACGCAAAAUUAACGCGGACCAAAGUCGAAUUAAGACGGAACUUAAUCAAGGUUCUGAGGUUGAAAUUUUAGAUCAAGAUUUAGACAACAACAUAGACACUUCUGAUGAAGAAAUGGACAUAGAUGAACCACCGAUAAAAGUCUUAAUAUCGGAAGAUAUGCCCAGGGACGAAUUCCCCACCGGGAAUUUGUACGCAGACCAGGAAAAGAACUCUAACAUACGGUCAAGGCUCAGCAGGCGCUCGGCGGGUGUAGGGAGUGAAAGGUUCAUGAAAAAAUUAUUUAAUUCGGCCAAGAUGGACGAAGAAAGACUGGAAAAUAACAUUGAUGUGGGGAAGAACUCUGAUGUUUCAGACUUGCGACAGAAAUUGAAAAAUCGUAAACGUAGAUUUGAUCCAAAAUCACGGCCCAGUUUAUCCAUUGAAAUUAGCGAAGAUUCGUGAUCAUUUAGAAACUAGAUAAAACAUUUGAAUACAAAAUAGCUGUAAAUAUUUUUAGGCAUUUUAGCGUUGAUAGAUUUUAAAUUAAAGUUUGAUUUAGCCAGAUUAGCUUUUGGGCCUGCACGCGGGCUAAGUUUGAUUCCAAUCCACUUACUGAUCGACGGGCCAACCGACACCCGAGCAACUGCUCAAAACGUCGAAUUUCUCCUUAUAUAUAUUUUUCAGGUAUUUGCAUGCAUACCCUGGAUUCCAGAGCCUUCGACAGUAAAUAAUAAAUUGAAACGUCGCGAAGGCUCUGGUUCAACGGGGAGAUCC